AUGUUUAGAUCACUAAGUCGAACUGUACCCAAACUAAUCAAACAAAAUCAUAAUUACAACUUAACAAAAAAUGUGCUAUCACAUAAUCAAAUAAAAUCCAAUAUCUUAUCUUCAUCAUCUUCAUCCCUAUUCAUCACCAAAAGAUCAUUAUUCAUUCAAACAUCAGAAACUCCAAAUGAACAAGCUUUAAAAUUCUUACCAUCAAUGCCUAUAUUAGGAGAAAAUGAAACAAUUGAAUUUUUAAGUGGAAGAGAAGCUCAUUCAUCACCAUUAGCAAUUAAAUUAUUUAGUAUAGAUGGUAUAAAAACAAUAAUGUUUGGAUCAAAUUUUAUAACAAUUGAAAAAUCAUCAGAUUAUGAUUGGUCAAUAUUAAAACCUGAAAUUUUUUCUAUAUUAACUGAAUUUUUAAAUAAUGGUGAACCAAUAAUAAAUAAUGAAAAUAAUGAAAAUGAAUUAACUGAUGAUUUAAAAAUUGAUGAUGAUGAUGAUGAAGUUAUUUCAAUGAUUAAAGAAUUAAUUUUUACAAGAAUAAGACCUGCUAUUCAAGAUGAUGGUGGAGAUAUUGAAUUUAUUAAAUUUGAUGAAAAUACUGGAACUGUUUAUUUAAAAUUAAAAGGUGCUUGUAGAUCUUGUGAUUCAAGUUCGGUAACUUUAAAGAAUGGAAUUGAAAGUAUGCUUAAACAUUAUAUAGAGGAAGUUGAAGCAGUUGAACCAAUUGAUGAAAUGGAAGAAGAACAACCAGUUACUAAUUUUGAAUCAAAGGUGUUACCAAGAAAAAGAGUUGAUGAAACUAUACCGGAUGCUCCACCAACUUUAUAG